AUGACAAUGUCGACUGCAGCCUUUCUCUGUCUGAUUGCCCUUCAUUUUGUGUUCUUAAUCGACGCCUUAGUCCCCUUCCGAAGCCUCUUAAGCGUGCGAAAAUUGCCGAGCAGCACCCGAUAUGGAGCUCCUGUCUGUACCACGAGCUCAGGAACAAAAAUCGACGGGGAUGUGGAAGGGAAAACAAGCCUCGCUUUGGGGGUUUUCAUACAGCAUACCGACAGAUAUGGCAUGGUGUACCAUUCCAACUAUUUACUCUUCCUGAGCCGGGCGCUCUAUUCAUGGUUGGGGCGGCAUGUGAUCGUGCAGCUCGACAAUUUCAGGUUCAAGGCUUCGGCCAGACUGGGUCAUGACGUCAUGGUCGACGUGACACGCACGUCUGACAAACCCAGUUUAUUUUCGGCGAGCAUAAAGGAGAGCGAGGCACCGCACACCACUUUUAUAACAGCCAAUAUUGUCGCAUACCCCGUGGACGAAGGAAGGAAGGAGGGAGGGAGGGAGGGAGGGAGGGAGGACAGGGCACAUCAGUGGUUCGUGCCGGCGAUAUCAGACGACGCAGGAUUGCGUGAGGUAUGA